CAUAUCGACUGUAACCUCUCCCACCACCUUAGAUCCAUGCUGGCUUCUGAACUCCUUCACUUCAGCCUGUUUUCUGGGCAAGAGGUCUGCUAGAAUGGUCUUGAGGUCGCUCUGGUAGCUGCUGUGUUGCCUCGUCUGUAGAGACAUUGCCUCACGCACAGCACACAUCAGAUACCAGGAUACGUACCGCGCAGAGAGACAAUAUCUUGGCCGAACUCCGCGCCUGCAAAAGAUUGGUACAUUUGAACAGCUGCCCACUCUUUACACAGCCGAAAAGAAAGAAAAGAAAGGGUAGAAAAAGAGGGAAAUGCCAACUUGGAGCUCACGCUGCGCAAAGAAGCAGAGAGACGGGAGAAAGGUAGCCUGCUCAACGCCAUUCUCUCUCCUUGGUAUGCACUACCAGUGGGCGGAGUCUAAUGAAUGACCUCGUGAACCUUUAAGUUAAUUAAACCUUUUCAUGCCGCUUUGGAGUUUACUUGCCGUCGAUCCUCACCAUGAGCUACCAACUGUACAGGAGCAUGAGUCUUGGGGAGUCACUGAAAGCGGCGCUUGAUGACUUGAUAGAGAACCAGCUCAUCACUCCAGACCUCGCUGUCAAGCAGGUCCAGCAACAGUACGACAGGAGUAUGAGUGUCGCCCUGUCGACGAAGGUACGAACUCGCUACACGUUCAAAGGUCAGUUGAAGGUUUACCGCUACUGUGACAAUGUCUGGACUUGUGUCUUGAGGAAUGUGGAAUUCAAAGACUCUCACAACAAUGAAAUAAUAAACUCGGAAAAAGUGAAGAUUGUGGCAUGUGAAGCAAACUCUAGCAGCAAAUAAUCAGAGCACAAACACUGUCAUUUCCCCUUAUAUGGUCAUAUUUCAUAUUUUGAUCUUCACUCUCUCGACAGUAAUGUAUUGGUCUUGUGCCUGGCGAACACGAGGCUUUUUGCCAGCCUCCAGCAUGUUUUCCACUGUCGCUAGGUUCUCACAGAACAACA